UCACCCUAACAACGUAUAUAUAUAAACCGCAUCUAUUCUCUAUAAACAUUUAUGUACGAGAAAACUAUAGAAACUAGACUAAAAAUGAAGAUUUUAGUACUUUUAAUUGCAGUUGCCCUGCUCUUGGACGGAACUGAAUCUAUUUUUCCAAGUUUUAAGCCGAAAUGCGAUAAUAAAUGCAACAAAAACAGUGAUUGCAAAAUCGGUUACAGAUGCGUCAAGAUCGUCUUCUGUAAAUUUUGUUGGCCGAUAUUCACAGCGAAACCACCUACUACCACAACAAAAGCAACGACACCACCCACUACUCCCUCUACAACAAAGCCAACGACCAAACCAGCCCAAACAACCUGUGAUCUCCCGAAAACGAGUGACACAACGGAUGUAAAGUGUAUGUUUGGACGAAAAAAUGGAGACAUGUGCUUCGCUUCUUGCAAGACAGAUUACUGUCCCGGUGUUGGAGCUACGUCGUUCACAACUUGCAGAUGCAAAAACGGGGAAUGUAAAUGGGAUAGAGAUGUCUCAAAUUACUGCAGGAUAAAAAAAACUGACCAGUGUAAAACAGACUCGGACUGCCUUGACGCGAGUAAGCCAUCAUGUUUACCAGGACGAUGUGGCAAGCAAUGUACAAAAAGACUCACCCCUCCACCCUGCCUAGGCACGUGCCAAACAACAAGUGACUGUAUAAGUGGAAUGAUUUGCAAACAAUCCACUCUCCUCGGAUGCAAGUCUUGUGUGCGAGAAGGUGAUACGGGUUUAUUUCCUGGGUUGACUAAACAGCCAAACUGUCCGAUUCCAGAAUUGAGCUAUGCUCCAUCUUUUCGCGUUUCGUGUCCUAAAUUUCCUUGUAAUAGCAAAACCGGUUGUGAAGAUAACGAAGUUUGCUGUUACUCUUACCGCUGUAACAGUGCAAAGUGUGAAAAAAAGAGUAACAGCUGUCCUGUUGGUACCAAAAAUCAAUGCACAACUGACGGAGACUGUAAAUCACUUGUCGAAAAAUGUGUUGUGGACAAAGACGGAUGCAAGAAAUGUUCAACAGGUUUCAGUUGUCCCGGGAGAUCUAAAUCUUGUAAAGAUGAUACCGAUUGUAAUAAACUGGAACGUUGUUUACCUGGUUCAUCUGAUGGCUGUCGUACAUGUGCCUCUACAACUAUACACAUAAAACCUACUUGUCCGACACCUGAGUCAGAAUGUCACGGCAUUUGUGAUUUGCUCGGUACAAAGACAUGCCAAUUAGGGGAUGAUGGAUGCAGAAGAUGUGUACUAAGAUCCCAGACACCAAAACUUCCGUCUAUACCUACAUGUGCUGAACCCGAAAAAGAAUGUAAAAGCCUCAGAGAUUGCGAGAAUGGAAAGUACUGUUUGCUGCAAAGGAGUGGGUGCAAAACUUGCCAAGAUCUAAGAAGUGGGUAAAUAGACCACCACACAAUUCUGCUCCGUUGUGGAUAUCUACCGACAAUGUAUUCAGAUAUUGGAUGAUUAUACUUCAGAAACAAAGAAAAUGAGCAAAGUACAAAAGAUGAAAGUUUAAAAUGAAUUUUUUUUUGCAAUCCAUCAUCUAUUUGUUAAUAAAACUUUGUUCCAAAGAGUCUAAAAUCGA